GACUUCGGCUUAAGUCCAGCUCACCCAGCCGACGGUCUGGAUACUCCACAUCAAAUCGGAGAAAGGAGGGCCACGAGGGACGAAGAGCAGGACGAGCAGGAGCUAGGGUUUCCGAGCCGACGAUGGGAACCUACAAGUAUGUCAUAGAAUUGUGGAGGAAGAGUGCUGACAAGGCUCGCCAUUUAGGCUACAAAGCCACACAGGCUCAUCCAGUUCCUUCAUCUUUUGUGUUGAAGCAAGAGCAUGGUGAUGCUUGGUCUGCUGGUUCAAAGUCUCUAAGGGCAUUGGCUUUUCUUGGUGCGGGAAUUUCAGGAAUUCUAAGUUUUGCAAACUUGGCUACCGCUGAUGAGGCAGAACAUGGCUUGGAAUGCCCAAGUUAUCCUUGGCCCCACAAGGGGAUACUUAGUUCCUAUGACCAUGCAUCGAUUCGUCGAGGUCACCAAGUUUAUCAGCAAGUUUGUGCAUCCUGUCAUUCAAUGUCUCUGGUUUCAUAUCGCGACCUUGUUGGUGUGGCAUAUACUGAAGAGGAAACAAAGGCGAUGGCGGCUGAGAUUGAGGUUGUUGAUGGUCCCAAUGAUGAAGGUGAAAUGUUUACCCGACCUGGGAAGUUAAGUGAUCGUUUCCCCCAGCCAUAUGCUAAUGAACAAGCUGCAAGGUUUGCUAAUGGUGGGGCCUAUCCCCCAGAUUUGAGUCUUAUUACAAAGGCUCGGCACAAUGGUCAGAACUAUGUUUUUGCCCUUCUCACUGGCUAUCGUGAGCCACCAGCUGGCAUAUCGAUUCGAGAGGGGCUACAUUACAAUCCUUAUUUCCCAGGUGGUGCCAUAGCCAUGCCACAAAUGCUCAUUGAUGGUGCAGUUGAAUAUGAAGAUGGUACACCUGCAACAGAAGCACAGAUGGGGAAGGAUGUGGUCACAUUCUUAGCAUGGGCAGCAGAGCCUGAGAUGGAGGAGCGGAAACUGAUGGGUUUCAAGUGGAUAUUUGUUCUCUCGCUUGCUCUUCUUCAGGCUGGUUAUUACCGCCGGCUAAGAUGGUCUGUACUCAAGUCACGCAAGCUUAUCGUCGAUGUUGUUAACUGAUCUCAUUCUUGGAGGAUUCUUGAAUAUUUUCAAUCGGCAAUAAUGUGCACCCUUGGUCUGGUAAAGCACACAUUGCUACUGUUAAUGUUAUAUCUCUGUUUUGCUGGCAACUUUUGCUACAUUUGUGCAGUCUGCCUUCUGAAACUGUUAAAACCAGUAUUCUAGAAUGCCAAUGGGCAGGAUCCAGUUUUUCUAUGGAAUAAUGUAGCUUAUUUUCAAUUUUUGUCUCCAAAAGAAUAAAAUUUAUGAAGACAGGUCUUACCAUA